GGCGUAGCUUUCACUUCCGUGUUACCGAACAUGAGCAGAGCAAAGCAAGUUGUCAACGCAAAAAGUGGGCUGCGCCAACUUUUUACUCACAUUUUGCUGAAGCUACAUGGGUAACCGCUAGCUGAACCAAAUGAAUGAAUUCAUUUUGUACGAAACUAACGUUUGAAAUAAGCCAAAGUGCGCAGUCUACACGCCCUGGCAAGCUAAGAGCUAAUGCUAAGUUGCGUCCAGCUAGUUGGCUCGACACCGCUGACAAACUCCAGCUACUUCGGUCCGCUUUGUUAAGUCUGGGAGUCACUGGGUGACCACGAGAUGUCCAGUAAAGAAGUGAAGACGGAGCUGAAAAGUGCCAGAGAGGCCAUUAAAAACAAAGAGUUCAAAGAGGCUCUUAAACAUUGCAAGGCUGUUUUGAAACUCGAGAAGAACAACUACAAUGCGUGGGUAUUCAUCGGCCUGGCAGCCAGUGAACUCGAGCAACCAGAUCAGUCUCAGUCCGCCUAUAAAAAGGCAGUGGAGCUGGAGCCUGAGCAGCUGCUGGCCUGGCAGGGUUUAGCCAAUCUUUAUGAGAAGACAGACCAGUGGGACUUCAAACUUGAGCUACCUAACAUUUACCAGAAGCUUGUUGAGCUGUAUGCCAGCUCGGACAAAAACAAAAGUUAUGAGUUGAUCAAAAAGCUGUCUGAUAUUUAUCAGUCUGACAAAGAUUAUGUAAAGCUGGCGAAGGUUUGGCAGCAGCUCAUUCAGCUGAAGGAGGACGACGCUGUGGACAAGGCAGAGUUACUGCAGCUUUGGCAGGAGAUGACCCAACUCCUCUCAGACUGCCUUAAUGAGGAUGAGCCGGACAAUGAAAUGCAACAGCAUUUAAUCACAGCGUUUGAGAACACCAUGGUUCUCGUGGAGCCUGUACCAGGAGAGAAACACAAGAAGAUCUCAGCAGACCACAUUAAAUGUCUGUCUAAACUGCCACAAGAAGAAGCAAGACUGAAAAAGGCAUGUGAGUCUAUGCUCUCCCACUACCCAAACCAAAGUUAUCCUCUCGAGGUCCUUUGUUCGCAUUACCUCAAAGCAGGUAUCCUGAAUGCUGACGCAAUCAGCUGCUUCUCCCGGCUCCUGGAUCUGGCACCUGACUGUGGGUUAGGUCACUUAGGUCUGGGCACCAAAGCACUUCAGGAGGGACGAUAUAAAGACGCCAUUAAAGACCUUGCACACGGGUUGAAGAAAAUGAGCUGCAGCACAGGGUGGUACAGUCUGGCUGAAGCUCAGUUUAAAGUGCACGGAUACUCAGACAGCGCCACGUCAUGUUCCCAAGGUCUGAUGAUGUGUGUGUCUGGAGAUGAGGAGCUGAGGGUCAAACUGCUUAGGAUGAAGCUCGAGACUUUGGUCAGAAGUGGAGGAGAGAAGGCUGCAGAUCAUGCUUUGGAUGCCUUUUCACAGAUUCCAGAUGCCGACAAAGACGAAGUUCUAGUAGCCCUUAAAGGACAUGCAUUCCUUAACAAAGGACAGAUUGAUCAAGCACUUAAGGUAUCAUCAGAGCUAGUGGCCUCCAACCCAAACCUGGCCCAGGGUUUUGCACUGAGAGGGCUGGUACAUUCAGCUGAAGGCCAGCAGCAGCUGGCAGAGCAGAGUUUCCUGAAGGCAGCUGCACAGAGCCCACUCUGUGGAGAGUAUUAUUUUUUGCUGGGACAACUUUACUGGGACAUGGGAGAAGAGACCCGUAAAGACCGGAGCAAAGCCCAUACACACUUGCUGAAGGCUGCAAAGUUGGAUCCAAACCUUGGAUGUGUAUUCCGCUACCUUGGGCAUUAUUACAGGGAAAUAGCUAACGAUCGUGGCCGCGCACGCGGCUGUUAUAAGAAGGCGUUUGAGUUGGACAGUGAGGAUGCUGAGUCCGGAAGUGCCUCAGUGGAUCUCAGUAUGGAGCAGGAGGAUAUGGACGCUGCCUUGGCAACACUGGAGUCAGUGAUAGAGAAAGCCACUCCAGGCUCCGCUAAAUGGGCCUGGAUGAGACGAGGCCUUUACUACCUGAAGGUCGGAGAGCAUCAACAGGCCACAGCUGAUCUGCAGGCAGCUUUGAGAGCAGACCCAGAGGACUGGGUUUGUUGGGAGUGUUUAGGCGAGGCCUACCUAAACCGCCGGAGCUUCACGGCUGCUCUGAGGGCCUUUGCUAAGGCCCAUCAACUUCAGCCCUCCUCGAUCUACAGUCUUUACCAGGCCGCUGCAAUCAAACAGACCCUGGGCAAGUUCAAAGAGGCAGCUGCAGAGUAUUUGCAGAUCACAGCACAGCAGGACUACGUUCCUGCUCUUAAAGGUCUUGGCGAGUGCCAGCUGUCUCUGGCAAAAGGUCGAAUGGAGGACUGCAGAGAUGGUGGAGCCAUUGACCUCAUUCAGCAAGCCAUACAGAACCUCUUCAGAGCUGUGGAGCUGCGUCCAGACCUGUCCUGUUUGUGGAAGCUGCUGGGAGAUGCAUGCACAGCAGUUAGCACUGUUUCGCCGAACAGAGCACACGUUCUUGUGCCCGGCCCGCUGGCUGGUUUAGACCCCAACUCACAGAGCCCCACUCUGAACCAGGCCCAGACGCUCAAAGUUGGCGAGAGGUGCUAUGCUCGCGCCUUGAAGCUGAUGUCUGAGGUCGCCAGCCUUUGGUAUGACCUAGGACUCAACUAUCAUCACCAGGCUAGACUGCCAUGCUCGACAGAAGGAGACCAGAACCUCCAGUCUCUGGUCCUAGAGAAGUCUCUGCAGUGUUUGAAAAAGGCCAUCAUGAUGGACUGUGAGAACUACAGUUACUGGAAUGCCCUGGGAGUGAUUUCCAUGAACAAAGGUCUUGAGAACUUUGCUCUGGCUCAACAUUGCUUCAUCAAGUCCAUACAAGUUGAGCCAAAUAAUGUGGUUGCUUGGACAAACCUUGGUACCCUCUAUUUGAAGAAGGACAAUAUAGAGCUUGCACAUGAGGCCUUCAAGAUUGCUCAGUCCUUGGAGCCACUGUAUGUCAACUGCUGGAUUGGACAGGCACUGAUAGCAGAGCGAGUGGGAAGCUAUGACACCAUGGAUCUUUUCAGGCACACCACUGAACUCAGUACACAUGUGGAAGGAGUGAAAGGUUACGCCUACUGGGUUUGUUCCACCCUGCUGGAUAAGAGCAACAGAGACUCUGAACUGUAUCGCUACAACAUAGUCCAGAUGAACGCCAUCUCUGCUGCUCAGGUCGCUCUCAGCAAGUACACAGAGAGGAUCCACUCCGACCCCGAAGCGUAUAUCAUGCUGGGAUACCUGAAUGAGCAUCUGCAGCUAAAGAGACAGGCCUUACAGGCGUACCAAAGAGCUGUUGAACUGCUGCAGUCCACGUCCUCAGCAGAAGAAUUGGCUUUUGCUCUGGGCAGCUACGGCCGUGCUUUGUGCACAUCGGGCCAAUGGGAGGAGGCAGUGCAUGUUUAUAAUUCCACUCCACUGCAGGAGCUGAGUGAUCUGACUGGGCUGGCUCUGGCCUACUGCAGGGCAGGACUCCUCCCAGAGAGCACCAGCGCCUAUGAACGGGCCUUGGCUGUGGCUUCCACCGAGAAGGAGAAGGCUUACAUCUUGACAGCUCUGGCCCUGCUGCAGCACCUGCAGGGCAACAUAGACUCAGCCAAGACUCUGCUGUUCAAAUGCUCAAUCUUAAAGGAGCCAAUCCCAGAGUCUCUGCUGUGUUUAUGUGCCCUGGGGUUGGUCCGUGGUGAUGCUACAUUAGCUGCCGCUGCGCUGACUGAGCUGCUGAAGCAAGGCUCGGCCACUGGGAGUGUUGUAGAGCAGCGGUGUUUACUCACCUGCACCUUGCUGGCCCUGCAGGGAAACUACAGUUCAGUGCAGAGAGAGGUUUCCAGAGCUGUACACAGCAAUCCUGGAAACCCCUCUCUGUGGGCCCUGCUGUCCAGAGUGGUACCACAAUUCUACCCCAGGAAGGCAAAUGGUGGAGCAGUGGCUGGUCAUGUUGCCUGUCUCUCCAGUAUGACCAACGGAAAGGAAAUUGUGUUCCUGCAGAGGGCGUUGUUGUACAGUGGAGUGAACCAGCUGGCGAGUGGAAGACACUCUGGAGAGGACCGUCACAGGAAUGCCCUGAAGACAAUGCAGAGAGCUGUGCUGCUCUGUCCCGAUGAUCCAGCAGCGUGGGCAGGACUAAUGGCCGCCUGUCACACAGAAAACACAGCCUGUUACCUUUCAGGUUCUGCUCCCUGCAGACAAGGACUGGAGAAAACCCUCAUGUCCGUGGUUUCUGAGAAAGUACAAAGUGUGGAGGAGAUAGAGCGCCCUCUAGCCCAGACUCUUGAGGGAUGGGUACUACAACAGGCAGUGACAGGUCUCAUGCUGGGGGGACAGCUGGAUCAGGCAGAAGCCCUCUGCUCACAGGUGCUGAACGUUUCCCCAGAACACCCAGCAGUGAUGCUGUCACUGAGACAGGUGCAGUGUCAGCGCCUCCUUGUGGCAGAUGCUGGUACUGUCCUCCCAGACUCUGUACUGGAGCAGCUCAACAACACAGUGAUGAUGAACCCCACCAACCUCGGGGCCUGGCAUUGGCUGGCCGAGGUGUAUCGUGGGCAGGGACUGCUUGUCCAGGCAGUUAUGGCUUACAGGCAGAGCCUGCAGCUCGCCUCACAGCUCAGCCUGCACAGUGGCCAGGUUGCCUGCCUGAUCCGAUUGGCCCUCCUAGCUCUGGUUCCCUGUAUGGCAGGGGUCCCCGGAAACAACUGGAAGGACCUGGUAGUGGAAGCCACUACUGAGGUUUUGAAGCUGGGCUCAUCCCCCAUGGCUCACCUCUUCCAGGCCCUGCUCCAGUACAUGACCAAGAUGGCAGCCAGGGAAACGAGGCGUUUGUUGGAGAGGCUGGUGUACGUUUCCUCUCAAGACUUCCCAGCGACACUGGUGCAGGUGGCCAGCUGGUACCUCCUCAGACACCUGCAUGCCAAGAAUGACCAGGAGCUGAUUAAUGCCCUUUUGCACCAUGCCAAAAGCAAGGGAGAUGAGAGAUUGCUGGAAUUUAAUUCACUCCUUGCCUCUUCUUCAACCUGAAGUGCCAAUCAACAAAUGCAUCGCAGUGAAAUCAUGUAACUUAGUGGGUUUGUCCAUAGGAUGAAUUCAUGACCUGUGCACCUUUGCGGGGCUAUUUAACUAAAUAUAAUAUUAUGUCAAACUGGACAUAAUGGGUCUGAUAUUAUAUACUGGCUUUACAUGAUUCUUUUGUUGUACAAUAUACAGUCUUCAGCAAAUCAAAUCAAUUCAUUAAAUCAAAGGCUUGAGCAUUAUCACAUAUUUAUUAAAAAUUGUAAUUUCCAUACAAUAACCAAUAUCCACAUUGGUGCUGAAAUAAAGGCAUUAUGCUUAAUACAUAAUAAA